AUGUCUUCUGGGCAGGCUCUCAGGGCACAGGGGACUCUCUUCGACGUAACCAGCUUUAAUCGUGUCACCAUUUGCCCUGUGAGCAAAAGUGCGUUUCCCGGACAAACUCAGGAUCCGCUAUAUGGCUACUUUGCUGCUGUGGCUGGACAGGAUGGACAGAUUGAUGCCGACGAGCUGCAGAGGUGUCUAACCCAGUCUGGCAUUGCUGGGGCAUACAAACCUUUUAAUCUGGAGACUUGUCGCCUUAUGGUUUCAAUGUUGGAUAGAGAUAUGUCUGGCACGAUGGGGUUCACGAUGGGGUUCUGGGCUGUGCUGAAUGGCUGGAGGCAACACUUCAUCAGUUUCAACAGUGAUCGAAGUGGAACCGUGGACCCCCAGGAACUGCAGAAGGCCUUGACAAUGAUGGGAUUCAGGUUGAGCCCGCAAACUGUGAAUUCAGUUGCAAAGCGAUACAGCACCAGUGGGAAGAUCACUUUUGAUGACUACAUCGCCUGCUGUGUCAAACUGAGGGCGCUCACAGAUAGCUUCCGAAGACAGGAUUCUGGUCAACAAGGAGUUGUGAACUUCUCUUAUGAUGAUUUCAUUCAGUGUGUCAUGACCGUCUAAGCCACGAGGAAGCUGUCUGAAUACACUCAACAUUCCAACUGGAGCCCUUGCUCGCUUCCUUCCUGCCUUCAGUGCUGUGUGUAGACCCCCACCAACACUCCAUGACAACUACUGAACAGGAUUAUGACUUUAUAUAGAACCGAAGCUUCAUUUUUAAUUUUGAUAAUAAAUUCUUUGGAAGUUUAUGAGAACAAGUCUGUUACACCAGUCAGACCCUCCUGAGCCAUUAUCAAUUAUGCCUUAUUUC